AUGAUUCCAGUCGUGAGCAUUGCAGUGUGGGCUGUUGUUUUCCUGCUAGCCUGGCGAGUUUCGCGUAUCGGGAGACGGCCACCAGGUUAUCCCCCGGGACCACCAACCUUGCCCAUCGUGGGCAAUCUUCAUCAGAUCCCAUCCGAGAAUCAGCACGAACAGUUUCAAAAAUGGGCCAAGCAGUACGGGCCCAUCUACUCCCUGAUCAUGGGCACCAAGACCUUGAUUGUGCUCAACAACGAUCAAGUGGUCAAAGACCUGCUGGACAAACGCAGUGCCAUCUACAGUGAUCGCAUGGAGAUGUACACCACGGGCGAGAUUGCCAGCGGUGGACUGAGGAUGCUGGCCAUGAUGCGGAAGAUGAAUCACGCACUUCUGAAUGUCAAUGUGGCCAAAUCUUACGUACCAUACCAAGACCUUGAGAACAAGCAAAUGCUCGUCGAGCUGCUGGACGAUCCCGAUUCCCUACUGCAGCACGUGCGUCGGUACUCAUCGUCUCUAGUGGCCAGCAUCGUGUUUGGCUGGCGCACCCCCUCCUACGACAAUGCCAAACUCAACGAAUUCUACUCCGCCUUCGGCGAAUUCGUCGCCCUCGCCCAGACCGCCGGCGCCGCCCUCCCGGACUUCUACCCCCUCCUCCGCAAGCUCCCGGGCAUCUUCCAGCCGCGCGUCCAACAAGCCCGGCGCCUGCACGUCGCCGAAAAGGCCCUCUACCUCAGCAACUGGCUGGCGGCCAAGCGGGCCGUCGCCUCGGGCACCGCCAACCCCUGCUUCUGCGUCGACAUGGCGCGGCGGCAGGCGCGCCCGGCCACCGAGGACGGCGGCGGCGGCUUCUCCGACGACCUGGCCGCCUACAUGGCCGGCACCCUCUUCGAGGCCGGGUCCGACACGACGUCGUCGACGCUCUACGGCUUCGUGCAAGGGGCGCUGCUCUACCCGGCGUGCCAGCGGCGCGCCCAGCGCGAGCUCGACGCCGUCGUCGGCGAUGGAAGGCUGCCGACGCUCGACGACGUCCCGCGGCUGCCGUACGUCGUGGCCUGCGUCAAGGAGGCGAUGCGGUGGAUGCCGACGGCGGCGCUGGGCGCGGCGCCGCACGCCGUCACGCAGGACGACGAGUACUUGGGGUACCGAAUCCCCAAGGGCGCCGGGGUGAUGAUGAACAUCUGGGCGAUUCACCGGGACGAGCGGCGGUACGAGCGGCCCGAGGAGUUUUGGCCCGACAGGUUUGACGGCGAUACGGUGGGGAUCGCGGAUAGCGCGACCUUGUCUGAUGUUAAGAAGAGGGAUCAGUUUGGAUUUGGGGCCGGGAGGAGGAUCUGCCAGGGCAUGCAUGUUGCUGAGCGGAGCCUCCUGCUGGGUAUCGCUAGGCUCAUGUGGGGUUUUGAUAUCACUCCGGUCAUCGAUAAAGCUACAGGUAAGCCUAAACUUCCUGAACAGGACAAGCUCGUCGGUGGCCUCGUCAUGCUGCCAGACAAGUACGAAGCAUGCAUUAGGCCACGCUCGGAGCGUCAUGCGGAGGUGAUGAGAGCAGCUUGGGCCGAGUCAAAGCAACAGUUGGACGAGAAGACUGGGCAAUGGACCAAGAUCCCGGAAAGCAUGGCAUUGCCCAGGCUUUAG